AUGUCGUCUGGGAGCGCAACUCCGCUAGCUGACAGUCGGAAAGAAUUAUCUCCGCCAAAGGAUGACCUGUUUCGAGUACAGGCGUCGCCGUUGUUACUAGGAGGAGAUAAUUCGGAUUCAUACUUCAUGGGUGCUUCGAGCGGACGAGCGUUUGUUGACACUUUCAAGCGACGCAUACAGGAAAGCGGCAAAUCACUUACUGGUUUCAACACUGAAGCCUUCCUUAACAUUCAAGGCGAUACCAGAUCACUAUCCCGAACAUCAACACCAAAGACAUCCACCACGCCACCACGGAUGUUCUCUGAUCGAUGUGUCAAUGUGUAUUUCCAAGAAUGGGCACCAUUAUUCCCCGUCUUACACAAGCCAACAUUCCUUCGCGUGUACGAGGAGUAUAUGUCCCAUGCAGAGAGCUUGGACGACCCCCACAAGUUGGCUCAGCUUCAUUUGGUAUUCGGUAUCGCUGGCUUGUCUAGCGAAUCACCUGAUCGGGAACAAAUUGCGUUGAGCGAGUAUCAAUGGCGCACCUCUCUUGAGGUCGUAUUAAUGGAUAACUCCUUGGCCACAUUGCAGUGCCUCAUUCUCUCGCUGCUCUAUUGUAUAACUAAGGCCGACUACAGCCGGUUACAACACUACAAGGGCAUCGCUGUGGGGCUUUCGCACCGACUUGGCCUACAUCAGAGCCAGAAACGUUUCUCAUUUGGUGCUCUCACUAUCGAAACACGCAAGAAGGUAUUUUGGACUUUGUAUAUCAUCGAUUGCUUCUCUGCUGCUCUACUUGGACUGCCAAAACUUUUGAAAGAGGAUGACAUUCAUUGCGAAUAUCCUUCUGACACUGAUGAUGAAUAUGUUACCGAGAAGGGAUUCCAACCUACUCUUCCCGGGGAGUACACCAAAAUUUCUAGCGCUCUGGCCUUGAUCCGCGUUUCUCGUAUUUUGUCGAAAGUUUUGGAUCAAAACUACCCUGCAGCUACAGUACACGAACUAUCACUUCAGUCUCUCCUGGCUCUAGAUGCCGAGCUCAAUGCGUGGUCAGAACAUUUACCAACUCAUUUGAAACUCACUUUUGUCCAAGAUAAGCCAUCAACAGAUGUCACUGGCAGUCGCUCCGCAAUUUUGUCACUCGCUUACUAUUAUAUUCGGACCUUAAUCCAUCGACCUGCUGUUGGUUCUAGCCUUGGCAACAAAUCAUCGUCUUCUGUCCUGGCAGUCGCCGAUUCAAGCAAGCACAUUAUUCAGAUUGUGCAGCUCCUCGAGGAAAGGAGCAUGUCGUUUUCGUUCUGCUUGAAUAAGAACGAGAUGCUCACUCUAUGUGGUCUGAGCCUUCUCUAUCAAGGGCUUGAUUUGAAGCAGGAAGGAAAACUAAUGCAAGACGGCCAACGUCUCGUGACAAUUGUAGUCCGGUAUCUGGAGAAAGCAGAUGCACCGAGGGCGGCAGACUUUAGAAGACUGGCAUCAUCCAUGAUAGACCUUCGGUCGAUGUCACCUCCAGUCCGGAGCCCAUCAUCAUCAAUGGCGGCGCCCAAAAGUGUGAAGUCAGUGGCAUCACCAUCGGUACCAAAACAACAAAUUCGGCCACAGAUCACCAUGCGUCACACAUCUGCGAGCAUAUCCGAAACGGAUCUCCUUUCACAGCAGGAGAAACUCCGUCGUGCCACCGUGCCAAACCUCAAUAUGUAUCGCUCAGAUCAUCAUUCGCCUCACGCCCGCUCAUCGAUCGAUUCUACGAGGUCGGACUCGUCUCUAUCGAAACGUGAAUAUCGUAUUCCUCAGAUGCCGACGAUUCUUAAACCCCGUCCAAACCCCGUUGUAAAGAGCGAAAGGCCCCCAAACUUAGAUUAUCUGUCGCUGAGCAAUACACCUGCAUCCUCACAUCCACCUUCACCUCAUGCUACACGUCAGCACGCUCCGAUAUUCAAUCAAUAUAAACAGACUACUGCUUCACCAAGUGAGUGGGAGGUGCUCCUCGGAUCACUUGACGGCGGUCAAACCAACCUCUACGAUGCUAUAUAUGGAGGACCGGCAUUGAGUUUGACAGAUAGCAGUAUCUCACAGUCUAAUUAUGGUGACUGGAGCCCCGAAUCGGGAGCAUGGGACCUUUUAAGCAAUGGGUAUGGAGGUACCGGGGAUAUAGAUUUUUCUGCGGCAGGAAGUGGCGUUGCGAGGAGUGUUCUGAGCGAAGAGUCGAUGAGCAGCGCUGAAGAAUUGGCAGAUUAUGUCAAUGCCAGUCAAGGGUUGAUGGGAAUGCAACCCAGAGAAUCGUAUUUACUGGAAGGUUUAGAUGGGUCAUUGGGUUUAUAG